GUGUCCGAACUUGAAAGCAAAGCACUUUCUUCUCUCUCUUUUUUCUUGGUAAAGACCGGUAGAUAGAUUAGAUUGAUGGGUUAUCUUCAAACCUCUUCAACUUCUUUCAAAGCUACAAAAUGGCUAGGCUUUGUAACUGCUGUUUGGGUCCAAGCUAUUUCAGGCAACAAUUACACCUUCUCAAACUAUUCUGAUGCACUUAAAACACUUAUGAGUUUGACACAACUUGAACUCAACAAUUUGUCCGUUGCUAAAGAUGUUGGCAAGGCCUUUGGUUUGCUUGCUGGUCUUGCUUCUGAUCGUUUGCCCACUCCUGUUAUUCUUCUUAUUGGUUCAAUUGAAGGUCUUAUUGGUUAUGGUACUCAAUGGCUUGUUGUUAGUAGGAGAAUUCAACCCCUCUCUUACUGGCAGAUGUGCAUAUUCCUAUGUCUAGGAGGCAACAGCACCACUUGGAUGAACACGGCGGUUUUAGUAACCUGCAUCCGCAACUUCCGCCGCAACCGCGGCCCUGUCUCUGGAAUCUUGAAGGGUUAUGUAGGUCUAAGCACCGCCAUAUUCACCGACCUAUGCGCAGCUCUAUUUGCGGAUGACCCUGCAAAGUUCCUUAUAAUGCUUGCAGUCAUCCCCUUUGCUGUCUGCCUCACCGCCAUCGUCUUCCUCCGCGAAACCCCACCUGCCGCCACUAUAGAGGAAGAAAAGGAAGAAAGCAAAUACUUCAAUUUAUUCAACGUUGUUGCUGUUAUUGUAGCUGUUUACUUGUUGGCAUACAGUUUUAUUCCAAAUCCUAGCCAUGUUCUUUCAUCGGUGUUUUCACUUAUAUUACUAGUUCUUUUAGCUUCUCCAUUAGCAGUUCCAGCUCAUGCUUUUAUUAAUAGCUGGAAUCUGAACCGGUUCAAGAACCAAGAAGAUGUUGAAAGACAAAUUCAAGAACCUUUAUUGAGAGAAGAUAAAACCCAGGAGAAGAUUCAAGAAAAGCCAGCGGAGGAGGCUGCAAAAGCAGUGGUGGAGCGAACACGAGCUGUAGAGGAGGAGAAGGCAGUGGAGGUGGUGAAGAGGAGGCCGGUUAUUGGAGAGGAUCAUACAGUUUUUGAGGCAAUGUCGACUGUUGAUUUUUGGAUUCUGUUUCUGUCUUUCCUUUGUGGGGUUGGCACAGGUUUGGCUGUGAUGAAUAAUAUGGGACAGAUUGGUUUGGCUCUUGGAUAUGCUGAUGUUUCUCUCUUUGUUUCCAUGACAAGUAUAUGGGGAUUCUUUGGAAGGAUUAUUUCUGGUACUGUGUCUGAGUACUACAUCAAGAAAGCGGGAACACCAAGGCCUCUUUGGAAUGCAGCAUCUCAGAUUUUAAUGGCUGUUGGCUACAUCCUCAUGGCUGUGGCUUUGCCUGGAUCCUUGUACAUUGGUUCAAUUGUUGUUGGCGUCUGCUACGGAGUUCGUUUAGCUGUCUCAGUCCCAACUGCCUCUGAACUGUUUGGUCUCAAGUACUUUGGUCUAAUUUACAACAUCUUAAUCCUCAACCUUCCUCUUGGUUCCUUCCUCUUUUCUGGUCUGCUUGCCGGACUUUUAUACGACGCACAAGCUACCCCGACACCAGGAGGUGGCAACACUUGUGUUGGUGCCCAUUGUUAUAGACUUGUGUUCAUUAUCAUGGCCGUUGCAUGUGUCAUUGGGUUUGGUUUGGAUGUCCUAUUGGGAAUCAGAACCAAGAAGAUUUAUACCAAGAUUUACAUGAGCAGAAGAUCAAAGAAAUUGGCUUCAGCAUCCAAUCUACAGUGAUAUGAACUUCCACGAGGAACUCCGAGAUAAAAAAAAAAUGGUGGGAUUGAAGGGCUUCUGCCCAGUGACAUCCCUUAACUCAUCAUCAGAGGAUCGAUCCUUUUUAUUUUUAUUUUUAUUAAAAAGCAACUUGGAAAUAUUACUACAUGGUCUGAUUUGCAAUCUGCCAAUGCUAUUAUUUGAUUUGGUUGUAUUCUAAGCAGACAAGUAUGCAAGUAAUUUUGUUUCGAAGAUCAGAAUUUUUUUUUCUGAUUUACAAAGAGAGUUAUGAGUCAUGCAAUAAAGUCCGCCAUUGCUUGGACAAUUGGACUCCAUGUCAAUGGCGUUAUUGGACCGAAGGCUGCAGCAUUAAUAGAUGACGAGUUGUAAGUUUUAUUGACCUGUAAUAAAUGGGGUGGUUAUCAUCUUGGGUUCAAAA